UCACCCUGAGAAGUGAUCUUCAGCCCAGAAUAAGGACACACCAAUUGUAGCGGACCUUUCGCUGUUAUAGAUGUCCGUCAAAUUCUUCACAAAGCGUUCUUCCCUCCGCCCUCUUCCCCUCCAGUUGGGGGACAUGAGGAUCAACUAGGAGACAUGAGGAUCAAUUAGGAGACAUGAGGAUAUAUAAAUAUAGCGCGUAACAAGUCUUCGCAGUUUGCGUGGGUUGAGCUUUCCAUCCCCAUCCCUCAGAUCAUCUCAUCAAAUAGCAGCCCCAGAGAUGGGGAUGUCUGCUCGCGAAAACCUCUUUGGGGGUUUCCUUUCUGGGCUCGUGCUGCAAACCAUACUCUUCGGCAUAAUCACUGUUCAGGCCUUCCUGUAUUACCAUAGGUUCCCUCAGGACCAUAUCCUUUUGAAAUCUACCGUAGGAUUCUUAUGGCUCGUUCAGGUAUUUGAAAUGUGAGUCAAAAGCUUCAUCAGAAACUCGGUUCAAGGACGGUCACUUCGUCGCUUCUCCAGGAUAACAUUGACAGUUACGGUUCACGGGGCAUUCGUUAGCCACUUCGGUGUUCAAGUAUCAACCACGGUGUGGUAUGAAACCAUAUAUCAGAUUUCUACAGUUAUUAGUUCUACCAUCGUCCAGCUUUAUUUCGUCC